AUGUCUGAAAUUGAGCACUGCCAUAUGUAUCAGAGAUCAUGCCUUGAUGUUUAUGAUGUUUUAGUGUUUUGGCCUUUUGAAGAAGUAGUUAUAUCAGAACUAGAUUCUGAUUUUGAUGACAAUAUUGAGGAUAUUGAGGAGACUAAAGUCGAGAGAGGUUCACUGCCUCCUCCUCUGCUGGAUUUGUCCACUGAUGAAGGAUUGAUGAUAGAUGCAGACGUAGAGAUUGAGGAUCGGGGAAUAGGUGAAGGGCCAGGGCCUGAAGCUCAAGCUGCUAUUGUUCCAAAGCCCUUGAAGCAGCAGCGCAAGGUAACUCGUAAGCGCUCUAAGCUGCUGAAAAGGGAAAGAAAAUUGGGUGUGAUAGAGCAUCUUUCGGCGGUGGCAACAUGGAUUAGAAUCCCAGAAUUACCUAUCCAUUAUUUCCACGAAGCUCUCCUCCGGAAUGUGGUCAAAUCAAUUGGCUCUUUUCUCAAAGCGGAUGAAUGCACCUUAACGGCCGCAAGAGGAAAAUAUGCUGGAAUUGCAGUUUUGUUGGAUCUGACAGAGCGAUUAAAAGGGAUGGUAGAUGUUGACGGAGUAUUCUAUAAGGUGGAGUAUGAGGCUUUACCGUUAAUAUGUUUCUCUUGUGGUAUUUACGGCCACAAUUCUGAAACGUGCCCGACAUUUCCGGUGGCUAAAGCGGCGGUGACGACGCAGGAGAAACCGACUGGAACUAAAGUUGGGGACUGGAUGCAAGCACCCAAGCGGGUCUGGAGGGGACCACCGGAAUUCACUUCAACGGCUUCUGAUAAAAAGAAAUUGCCCGUUGGAGUUAGAAGUAACACGUCGGUGAGCAACUCAUUUGAGGCGUUAAACCGUUUGAACCAGGAGCCUACAGAAUAUAUGAGGUCAUCUGGGCUGAAAAAUUUUGAAAUUGGAAAAGAAGAUCCCAGUGCAUCUAAUUUCAAAUGGGCUGCGGCAGGUAGUAAAAGAAAAAAUGAGAAUAGGGACAAACCCACAUGGGUUUCCAAGAAAGAUCCUGUUAAAGAGAAGGCCCAGCCAGCAAGUAAGGCAAAAAGGCCCGAAUCAGAUCAUAAGGCCCAAGUGGAGGAAAAUAACGUUAUGGUGGCUGUGCAAGAUUCAACACCGCCCACAAGUAGUAACCCUCCAAUUCUAAAUCCUGAGAACCACACCGUCGUUUAUAUCCCUCAUCCAGGAUUAAAUCGUCCAUCGAACAAGGAAGACCCUUUCGAUAUCGAGGAGGGCCGCCUCUCCGAACUGGAGCACCAGGAAGAAACUCCUAUUGCCAUCAGUGAAAUGGCAAUGGUGGCUAAAGGAGAUAUGGAUGAUGAGACAAGAGAUACAGAGUUUGAUUGGAUUAAAAGAAAGAUGCCAUUGCUACUGCUCAGAUCUGGAUUUGGUAAUACAACUUACACACAAGUUGAAAUUUUCAUUCCGGUGGAAGAGGCGGAGCUGGAAAGAGGCAUUUUCAUAUUGAAGGUUGGAAGGUUGGACCGCACGGAGCAAGACAGAGGCAACCCAUUUAGGCUGUUAGAAUCUGAGAACCAACAAAUACUUCCUCUACAAUAUGUUUUAGUCUGCACAGAUGAGUACGGCAGAAGGGGGCAAGCGCCCAUAAGAGACGACGAGUCAAUGUCAUGGAUUUACCGAGGUGCCCAUUUGCGUCCAGCAUUGUACGUAGAGGUUGCAGAUGAACCUGUUCAAGAUGUUGGGGAAGGAACUACUGGUGGUCAGUAUGAUGGUGCAGGGAGUAGUGGUGUUGGUGGUACCAAUGAAGAUGACGAUGACACAGAAGAUGACGUACAUGGGAACAGUGACGAGGAGUAUGUGCCGUCCGAUGAGUCUGAUGAUGAUUACAGUGACCAUGACGCAUCUUCAGUAGUAAUUUCUAUUUUUGAUGACAUCAGUGACAUGGACAAGUCUGAACUGGUUGAGGAUUCUGAUGGGAUCACAAUGUGGGACGGUAAUUGGCAGACGGUUAGACAUGGUGUACAUUUUGCUAACAAGAAAGAGGUACAAACAGCCGUGGGGGAAUGGACAUUGCGACAGGGUCGGGCAUGUCGGGUAAAAUAUAGCCGUCCCUAUACGUGGGCCGCUGAAUGCGAGACGAAAGGGCCGAAGUACCCAGAAGAACUUCUCCACGGCACUACUUGCUUGUGGAAAUGUCGAGCUACCCUGCAAAAAGACACAAAUACUUGGAGAAUGGUGGUAUGGGUCGAGAGCCACAACUGUCUUGGUGCAACCACAAGAAACGAAGGUCGUAACUUGACGUCCACAAUGAUUGCUCGAUUGAUCACAGCCAAUGUCCGAAAAGAUCCAGGUUAUUCAGUCGCACAGAUCCAAGUCGAAGUAAAUAAGAGAUACAGGGUCACCCCCAAUUACAAAAAGGCAUGGCAUGGUCGAAGAAAAGCACUUGAGAGUCUGUAUGGCACAUGGGAAAACAACUUUCAACAACUGCCCAGUUUUCGGGAAGCAUUGCUCAAAGCGAACCCAGAUACCCGUAUGCGCUUUAAGUUCACUAAAGAUACCAAGAAUCGGAAGAAGAAGGUGUGCAGUACAUUUUUGGGCAUUUGGGGCAGCUAUACAUUUAUUUAG